AUGUCCGAAUCUACCAAUUUACCACCAAAUGCACACAGAUUACCACGCACAAACCAACUAGAAGGCUUAAUGACAAUCAUACGCGACAAGACGACAUCAAGAGGAGAAUUCAUCUUCUAUGCGGACAGGUUGAUCAGACUUAUAAUUGAAUCAGGACUUAACGUAUUACCCACAAUACCAAAGCAUAUUACUACAGAAACUGGCGAGAAAUUUCAAGGUGUUGGAUUUGAAGGUAAGGUGUGUGGUGUCUCUAUUUUGAGAGCGGGUGAGGCAAUGGAGAGUGCUUUAAGGGAGUGUUUGCGUAGUGUGCGUAUUGGUAAAGUGUUAGUACAAAGAAAUGAACAAACGGGUGAAGCACAUCUCUACUAUGCCAAGUUACCCGAAGAUAUUCACGAAAGAUUCGUUCUCCUCUUAGAUCCUAUGUUAGCUACCGGUGGAUCUGCGAUUAGAGCUAUUGAAGUCUUGCUAAGCAGAGGUGUACAGCAAGAGAAGAUUGUCUUUUUGAAUGUCCUCAGUGCACCUGAAGGUCUCAACGUUAUGUAUGAAAAAUACCCAAAGAUGAAGAUUAUUACUGGAUGGGUGGACAGGCAACUCGAUCAGCACAACUAUAUUGUUCCAGGAUUAGGUGACUUUGGUGACAGAUACUUUGCUUAG